GUGUGUCCGUCUUUGUCUCUCUCAAUCUCAGUGUGUUUGUCUGACUCUGUCUCUCUUUCUCGCCGUGUGUGCGCAGAAGGAGGUGGGAGUGUGUGUGUGUGUGGAUGUGUGUGGAUACGUAAGUGCGCGCGCCGGCUGGGUUUCUCUGCGAGCUUCUCCAGCUGUCAGAGGCGCUCUGGAGCCGGCUCCGAGCCGCUUGGGGAAGCCUGAGGGCUGGAGGAAGACCGCUAGCUCUGGCACAGCCCAGGACCCAUAGCCCGGGAGUAGGAACGCCAGCCCAACAUCCAAGCUCGCCUCACAGCGGACAAGACACUGGGGUUUUGGCAGGACCAUUCUACUGGAAAUACUGAAGGAGGACAGAAUCUCCGGGCUCCCUAGCUCGAGUUGUCCACCGCCCGCUCUUGGAAGCUCUCGGCUACCCCAGCCCCUGACAGGGAAAGCUUUUGCAGGGGGACAGGGAGGUGGUCCUGAGGGUAGGGAAAAUACAAAGUGACAGAGCCGCAGGGCAGGCUGCGCUCUCCGCUGCCGUCUCCUAAGCCUCCUCUCCCUCAGCCCCGCCGGCCAAGAUGCGCCUCAACAGCACGGCAGCCGCGCCUCCCAGCCGGGCGGAAUCGAGUCCUUUCAGUUUAGAGCGGUCAGAGAGUGGAGUGGGAGACCCGGCUCUCAUGGCCCCGGGCUACGGCAACAGUACCGCCAACUCGUCAGAGCGGCUGCUCACCCCGGACACCGAUCUGGACGUGAACACCGACAUCUACUCCAAGGUGUUGGUCACUGCUGUUUACCUGACGCUCUUCGUGGUGGGCACGGUGGGGAACUCGGUGACCGCCUUCACUCUGGUGCGCAAGAAAUCGCUGCAGAACCUGCAGAGCACGGUCCACUACCACCUGGCUAGCCUGGCCCUCUCCGACCUCCUGAUUCUUCUGCUGUCCAUGCCCAUCGAACUCUACAACUUCAUCUGGGUCCACUAUCCUUGGGCCUUUGGCGACGCCGUGUGCCGGGGGUACUACUUCCUUCGGGAUGCUUGCACUUACGCCACGGCUCUCAACAUCGCCAGCCUGAGCUUGGAGCGCUAUAUGGCCAUCUGCCACCCGUUCAAGGCCAAGAGCAUCAUGUCCCGGAGCCGAACCAAGAAGUUCAUCAGCUGCAUCUGGCUUCUCUCCUUCCUUCUCGCCAUCCCCAUGCUCUUCACCAUGGGCCAGCUGAACGCCAAGCAGAAUGAGGACCCCAACGGCCUCAUCUGUACUACGAUUGUGGAUACUUCCACCGUCAAGAUCGUCAUUCAGGUCAAUGCAUUCAUCUCCUUCCUCUUCCCAAUGGUGGUCAUUUCAGUGCUGAAUACCAUCAUUGCCGACCAGCUUACCAUCAUGUUCCACCAGGCAGCCCAGCAGAACCAGGUCUGUACGAUUGGAGGGCAGCAGACCAUGCUCAGUAUGUCCAUAGAACCCAGCCGUGUCCAAGCUCUAAAGCAUGGAGUUCGAGUUUUGCGCGCAGUGGUCAUUGCCUUUGUGGUCUGCUGGCUGCCCUACCACGUUCGCCGCUUGAUGUUCUGCUAUAUCCCCUCCAGUCACUGGUCCCCGUUCCUCUAUGAUUUCUACCACUACUUCUACAUGCUCACCAACGUCCUCUUCUAUGUCAGCUCCACCAUCAACCCCAUCCUCUACAACCUGGUGUCUGCCAACUUCCGGCAGAUCUUCAUCUCCACCUUGGCUUUCCUCUGCCCUCCCUGGAGAAGAAGGAAAAAAAGGCCGAGGUUCUCCAGGAAAUCCAACAGCAUCUCCAGCAACCACACCUUUUCCAGCAACGUCACCCGGGAAACACUCUACUAGAGCUCCAGAGGGCUGGCUCCAGGGUCGUGGAGGAAGGGGCCGCUGCCCCCAAGGCCUAAGGGCAUGUGGGGGGGGGGUAUUUGGCACAGUGAUGUCAUUCGGACGUACACUGGCCUUUCACAUCUUGUAACAGUAUGUGUCCAUUCAUUAGAUGUUGGGGGGUGGAUGGGGAGGGGUUUUGCUGACCUGGGGUCAGCUAGGAGUUCCACUAUUUCUUUUAAUUUCUAAGAAUUGAAACAGAGACAACCUGCAAAACAGAAUUCAUUUGUUUUCAGCAUAAAAGUAUCCACUGCUCCCCACCCCCUUUUCUUCCUCUUUCUGUUGAAAGCCCAGGACUGUCAUUAUUUCUCCCAGAGGGAACAAACAAGAACUUUAAUGAGGAGAAAUUAGUAUUCAGUAAAAAGGGGGUUUCUUUGUUACCUACUUAAUGGAUAUUUAGAGCCAAGGAUGGGGACAGAUAAAUAGGCUCCUAGAUCUGGGUGAUCAUUCACAGAUGCGUCUCUGCUGGACAUUUGCUAAUAAGUACAGCAUGUUUCAGGGAAUCAAUAAGAAAAAGGAUGCUCACCGAAACAGAAAAGUGGCCUCUGUUCAGCACAAGUAAUUGUUCUAUAAGCCUCAGUUCUAUCUGGAAGCUUAGAAUUCAGGCAUAAAAGAAAGAAUGAAUGAAAGGUGGGGCCUGGAAACAGUCACUGAAUGAGAUCUGUAACUACUCAAUUAAGUUACUGUGGAUAGAAGGGAUUCCUGAGAGAAUCACUGACAUAAAGCUCUUGCAAAGAACCAGCUUCAUCACCUGCCUCCAGUUCUCCCCUCAGGAUCAGAAACAAUUUGGCCAAUUGAAAAGUACUCCAGUAAGAAAUGAUAGAAGAAAUGGCUGAACUCCCAAGAUACUCAACCUCUCCUUUCUGGGCUAAAAGCAAUUCUGAUCCUACAUUCAAUUUCAUUUCAUUCAAAAAAAUAAUUAUUGGGGGCAGCUAGGUGGUAUGGUGGAUAGAGCAUCAGCUCUAACUGGAGUUAGGAGGACUUGAGUUCAAAUCCAGCCUCAGAUGCUUAUUAGUUGUGUGACCCCAGGCAAAUCACUCAACCCUGAUUGCCUCCAAAAAUUAUCAUCAUCAUCAUCAUCAUCAUCAUCGAGUACCUACUGCAUAUAGGUAUCAUACCAAAUGCACAGUUUCCUCACUGGAUUCUGUUAAGAGAAAAACAAAUCUUAAUUUUAUCCUCAGGAUUGAGAAAGUACUCUGUUCCUCUUUCAUGAAGCAGCCUCCUUUACUCUCCAUCAAUUGGUAAAAACCAGAUCAGACCCAGAUGCCCCAAAAUAAUAGUCUAGUUAUAUCUCUACUACACCCAGAUCAGAUCAUGUUCUCUCCCCCACCAUCCCAGGCACCUAAGGAAUAUUCUUCUACUCUAACUUCAUUCUCCACUCAUCCAGGUUAAUGUAUGGAGGCAAGAAGCCACUGAGUAUGGAACCAUAAAAUUUGGUGGGAGAAGGGAGAAAAAAGAGAUUUCUUUCAUGUCUUCUCUCCCAACUUUGACCUUCACACUAUUAAAGUGACUGACUCCCCCUUUCUUCUCUUCCCACCCCCAUACUUCCUUUGUAACAUGCUUCUGAUUCCUUUCGGCUCCUGAGAAUUUCUGAAGGGCUAGUCUCCUCUUCUUAUUCCCUCAAUAUUUAUUCCUGGUUAGUGUCACUUAAGUGGAGAUCUUCCCCCCAGAGGAAUGAGAGGCUCCAUGAAUUUGUUUAUACACUGUAUCUGAACAGAGAAGCAGAGAAAAGUUACCUAAAGACAGGAGGUUCCAAGAUCACUUAGCAUUAGUCAGCAGCUUUGUAUUUCUCAGAAGAGAUGCCAUUAAUAACAGGAAAACCAAGGUUCCAAGGGAGAAGGCUGAAUACCUAACCAUAACCUUCUUUGCUGUCUAUUACCUCAAAACCAAAACCAAAUGCUUACCUAUAAGGCACUUCAUAAAUGUUUGUGAUUGACAGGUUUAUUAAUUGAACAUUUAUUCAAAGCAGUGUUGCUUCGAUUGGUAAAGAGGAGGAAAAAGGAAAGUAAGACUGAUGGCUUUAUUCCUAGAUAUUGGGGAGAAUUCAUGUGAGUUAGAAAUUAGGCUUCUCUUUAUCCCAAGACUGCAACUUUGCACAGAGACAGAGUUGAAAUAAAUGAGGCAAAUGACUUAAUAGGAAAGGACCAAAUUAGGGUGAGGAAUUUUCCUUUUCAAAAUCCUUCUCUUAGCCCCAUACUCCUAUGAGUCAAAAAUUCCCCUAUAUAUAAAAUGUCAUUAUAACAGACUCAAAAUAGGAUGACUUUGAUAAUCAACUGGCCUUUAUUUCAAUAUAAGCCAAAAAAAAGGCAGAUUGUCAGAUGAGAGACCCUCAGGCUGCAGCUAAUUGUAUGACUGAUCACUGUUUCCAUACCUACUGCUGGAGGAAAGGACAAGUCUCCAGACUGGAACCACCAGAAGCUCAAACUGUCUCCUCUCCUCUCCAAGGUCUUAAACUUGAAAUUUCAGAAGGUAAUACUAGCAGCCUACUGAAUAGUGUCAAUGCAUCUGUUAUGUCUCUGCCUGCCAAACCAGAGCUGGUAAGAACAACUCAAACUCAUCUGAAUGCAGGGUCUCAGAUUUUCCCACGUGAUGGGAAAGUUCUUCUCUGAGAACUAUAUUUCUGCCAGAAAACCAAGAAAUGGGGUCACUUAUAUCAACCUUUGCAACUGCGCAACAGGACUUAUCUCCCACUUAGCUAUAAAGGAAAAGGUAAUGCAUGAGACAUUGCACUUAAGUGUCAGAAGCCCACAGGGGUCCUCAAACUACGGCCUGCUGGUCAGAUGCGGCAGCUGAGGACAGUUAUCCUCCUCACCCAGGGCUAUGAAGUUUCUUUAUUUAAAGGCCCACAAAACAAAGUUUUUAUUUUUACUAUAGUCCAGCCUCCAACAGUCUGAGGGACAGUGAACUGGCCCCCUAUUUUAAAAGUUUGAGGAGCCCUGCGUGAAAGGGUCUGAGGAGGGUAUCAGGGGAGCCUCCAGCAGAGCCAGAGUGAGAAGCUACUCUGCAUGGACAUGUUUUCCUUUGAAAAAUUAUAGCAACUAAAAGUCAAAGGCACCUCCAGGCUGGUGGAGAUUCAGGAACUGUUGUUCUCUUGAUACUAUUCAUAUCUAUAGUUACUCGUAAUAGGAUUUCAACUGGCAUUAGCAGGGCCCAGUCCCCAACAAGACACAUCUUCCUUCACUCUUAGUGCUGGGCUUAUAAACCAACAUCAGCAAGGAUGUUUUCAUUCCAUGAGCUUGUUGCUGCCAUUAGCUUGUUGCAUGGCCAGACAAGUCAGAACUUCUCUACAACUCAGUUUCCUCAUGUGAAAGACGAGGGCAAAUGCUACCCUCUCUGCCUAUCUCAAGGCAGGGAGAUGAAGAUGAAAUAUUAAAAUGUGGGAAAGUGCUUUGAAAAGUAUAAAUUAUGCUAUGAAUAUAUGGUAUUACUGUAAGUUGGAGAAGGAAAAGGGAUAAUUAAAGAGACAACGGCCAAAAAGUCAAAUGAAAAGUACUUAGGCUUGAAUUUCAUCCCAUUAUGUAUCUUGCAAAAAAUAGAGCUAAUGUGUCUGUGUCACUGGGGUGAUAUUUCAAAUAUAGCCCAGUUGUUGUCCAUCAGUGUUACGAUAGCUUGUUCUCUUUUUGAUCAAAAACACAAAUCCGAGUAUAUAAAGCAUGCCUUCAGCCUCCUUUUGUGAAACUUUUGUGUCUUCCUUGCUUAGCUCCUCAUCCAAGGUGUCCAGUGGUGUAUGUUGUAACUCUGUAGAAAGCAGCUCCCCUACAUUUCUUAAAGCUGUCUUCUGUAACUAGAUUCUUGUGAGAAUGGCUGAAACAGCUCACAAGGAAAAUCCAGCUCUGUCAUUGCCACUUCCUGCUUGAAAUUCCUCAGACUGUGAAUCCAACAACCUGUUCGUGUUGUACUUGUGGUGGAAAUAAGUGAAUUGCACAUUAAAAUAAAUGAAUAAAAAGCUAA